UGGGGGCCUGGACGCCGCAGAGGAAUUGCACAGAAACUUUGCCAUAGUUGGAGCGGGACGCUGCCCUCCACCCCGAAUUUCCCCGGACAGCGCACUUUAGGGACGCGCUCGGCUCAUCCCGGACUCGCAUCUUUCUUCUCCCACCCAGCCAUAGCCUUGGCUUCCCGGCGACCUCAGCGUGGUCACAGGGCCCCCCCUGUGCCCAGGGAAAUGUUUCAGGCUUUCCCCGGAGACUACGACUCCGGCUCCCGGUGCAGCUCCUCACCCUCUGCCGAGUCUCAGUAUCUGUCUUCGGUGGACUCCUUCGGCAGUCCACCCACAGCCGCCGCCUCCCAGGAGUGCGCCGGUCUUGGGGAAAUGCCCGGUUCCUUCGUGCCCACGGUCACCGCGAUCACAACCAGCCAGGACCUCCAGUGGCUCGUGCAACCCACCCUCAUCUCUUCCAUGGCCCAGUCCCAGGGGCAGCCACUGGCCUCCCAGCCCCCAGCAGUUGACCCCUAUGACAUGCCUGGAACCAGUUACUCGACGCCGGGCAUAAGUGGCUACAGCAGUGGUGGAGCUAGUGGCAGUGGCGGACCUUCUACCAGCGGAACCACCAGUGGACCUGGGUCUGCUCGCCCAGCCCGAGCCCGGCCUAGGAGACCCCGAGAGGAGACGCUUACCCCGGAGGAGGAGGAGAAGCGAAGGGUUCGCCGGGAAAGAAACAAACUGGCAGCAGCUAAAUGUCGGAACCGUCGGAGGGAGCUGACAGACCGACUCCAGGCGGAGACAGAUCAGCUGGAGGAAGAAAAGGCGGAGCUGGAGUCGGAGAUCGCCGAACUCCAAAAGGAGAAGGAGCGUCUGGAGUUUGUGCUGGUGGCCCACAAACCGGGCUGCAAGAUCCCCUACGAAGAGGGGCCGGGGCCGGGCCCGCUGGCGGAGGUGAGAGAUUUGCCGGGGUCAGCAUCCACUAAGGAAGAUGGUUUCAGCUGGCUGCUGCCGCCCCCGCCACCACCGCCCCUGCCCUUCCAGACCAGCCAAGACGCACCCCCCAACCUGACAGCUUCUCUCUUUACACACAGUGAAGUUCAAGUCCUCGGCGACCCCUUCCCCGUUGUUAACCCUUCGUACACUUCUUCGUUUGUCCUCACCUGCCCGGAGGUCUCCGCGUUCGCCAGCGCCCAUCGCCCCAGCGGCAGCGACCAGCCUUCCGACCCCCUGAACUCGCCCUCCCUUCUUGCUCUGUGAACCCUGUAGACACAAAACUAACAAAAUACACAAGGGAGAGAGAUUUGGAAGAGGAGGAGGAGGACAGAGAGGGGAUGAGACUAAGCGGGCGUGUGGCUUCCCCGCCUCCCCUGCUUGACUCUCUGCAGCCCAUGCCGUCGGCCAGGAGGACCUCCUUGUGUUUUCGCUGCCUCUUGUCUGUGUGGCUGCGCGAGGACAGAGAGCUGGUGACUUUGGAGGCAGGGGUGGGAGGGAAUGGACACCUUCGGCUACAUGUUGGUCUUCUCACUUCAACCCAAUGUCUGGGAAUGAGCGGGUGGGCGGGGGGUGGUGCCCGCCGGUGGGCUGGGGGGAACAAGGGGCCGGCGGUGGGCCGUGGGGUGGGCUGGAGUCCUCUCCAGAGAGGCCCAACGAGGAAGUGCCGCAGAGCCACCCCCCUAGGUCUCCCACGCUGACGCUCCUGGGAGGUGACUAGGCUGGUUCUCCCUGCUCCGCCGACCUGAGCUUAUUUAUCCAACAUUUUCAUGUGAUCAGACUCUCCUCUGCAUUGAGCCCCCUUUGGAGGGAAGUUGAUGUCCCCCUAUGAUAUCCCUCACCCACCCAGACUUAGUCUGAAAUGUGAACUUCCCUCGUUGACUGUCCAGCCGCUCCCUCCCAGCAAAACCAGCUCUGAUUGAAUUUCUCACCUCCUAAGCGUCUCCCACAUUCGGCCCCAGCCCUCCUGUUUGAUUACAGUAUUAUUCCAAGCCGCACCCCCUUCAGCCUCCCCUCCUGGCCUUCCUUGUUGGGCCUCUCUGAUUCAGGCAGCAGGGGGCGCUGUGAUGCCUGUCCUGCUGGAGUGUUUAUACUGUGAAAUGAAUUGGCCGAUUGUGGGGAGAAGGGGGGCAGAGCCCAGAGGGGCAGAACCCUUCCGGAGGGGUUGUGCAUCCCCCCACCCCCCAAAGCCUAACCUUGAUUCCUCUCUAACCGCCACCGCACCCCCCCAUCUGCCUCCUUCCUACCCUCAACAGUGAGUUAGACUCAAGGGGGAUGACAGAUCGAGGCGGGGGUGGGGGUGACAGUUUUCCAUCCGCGUGGCCUCUCUCCUCAGGACCCCUCGCCCCCAGACCCGGCCUUUUUUUGUUUAAGGCCUGUCACCCCACCCCUGCCUAGGACGCCAGUUUCUCCUUUCCCUUGGCAUCCCCACAUUCUUUCUAGAAAGGGAGAUUGCCAGGGGACCCGACAUUAUUCGGGAAAAGAUGUAAAGGCUGAGGCUUUGGCCCCCAACCCCCAAUAUUUUUGGCCUGGUGAACUCAAAGGGAGUUCCCGAGAUCCCAGCUCCCUCUUCCCGUCGCCCCCAGUCCCAAAUCUUGGUUUUGGCCCCACCCCCACCCCACCUUUCCUUACGCUUCACCUCAUGAGAAUUUUCUCCUGAGGCAAAAUGGUAUUUUUUCAAGUUGAGUGGGCCAGGCCGCCCUCGUGCUGCAUGGAGAACAUUCCAGUGCCCCGUCCUGCGCCUGCCGCCCUGAACCCGGAUCCCUCCCGUAGCUAUUUAUCCCUUUCCUGAUCUCCGAAAGUCACUUAUAUCUAUUAUGUAUAAAUAAAUAUAUUAUAUAUGGGUGUGUGUGUGUGUGCGCGCGCGUGCGUGUGUGAGCGCUUCUGCAGCCUUGGCCUCGGUCUCUUCGGCCCCCAAGCCAUGCCCUUGAAUUGGAAACACUGCUUCUGGAGACUUGGAGGCAGCCUGUCUCUGUCCAGCCGCCUCUAUCCGCCUGUCUCUAGCUGUGUCUUCUCUGACUGUUCGGCGCAUCCGGUUGUUUCCGGCCGUCUCUGGCUGUCUCCCGGAGUGUUCUCCGCCUCUGUCUUUCAUCUGCCGGUGUUUCUCCGACCAUUUCCAGCUGCCUCCUUUCUGACUUUUCCUGAAUGUCCAGCUGCCUUCUGACUUUGGGUUCACUGGGGUCAUGAGAUUUUAUUUUUGUGAGCCUGAGGAAUCAUAGACUUUUACAAUCUGUAUCUUUGAGAAUUCUGGGUGCAAGUGUGAGACUGUGAGCCAGGCCUGCUGCUGCAGACCUCGAGUUAUUGAACUCCCCCACCCCAUUCUGUAUUUGUGAUUCUCUUUUUGUAUUUUGCACCUGACCCCAGGGGGUUGGGACUGGCUGGCCCUGUGCCACUACCCUCCCCCCACGGUUCUGCACUGUCGCCAAUAAAAAGCUCUUAAAAAUGCA